AACAAUCGCGAACGAUACAUUCAUUUCUGGUAGUUCGUGCACACCGAAACGGUUCCCCUAGGAUACGCAACUUUCUGCGCGUGUUGUUAGUUCCUUUUCCCCAAGGAGACGGUUCUAUGGACGCCUGGAAACCGGAGUAAACACGACAAAAAUUGUUUUCGCCUGGUGCUAUCGGUUUCAAAAUACGGCCAAGUACACAAUAGUUGUACGUAAACUCACUAAAAUUGGUUUAAUUGUGGAAAAAAAUACAUUCCUAUUGGUUCAAUAUGCCAAUCCAAUCGAAACCUUCGAAAAACUUCGUUAAAACUCAAGCUAGAUCGAACUACAUCAAUGAUUUGCCCACGAAACAACAUCGUCCGGGAGUUUACAAUCGCCAUCACCCUCAAGAGUGUGACAUUAUGCUUCGAUGGAGACCCAUCCAUCUUCAGCGUGAAGACCCAUACGAGGGCAAAAACGUGGUGCGCAUCAUGAACAAGGAUAAUAUCCGUAAUUUGCUCAUCCCUAGCAAGGAAUCAUCCGUAUAUCCUGCCUUCUGGUCCAAGGAAGACUAUGAAAAGAUGCAGGACAAGGCAAAGCUGAAGACGCUCGAGGAUCGUUUGGCCCAGUUUAAAGCAAACGAGGUUGAGAAAAAGAAUAUGCUCGAGGAGUCGGAAAAGCGUAAGAAACGUCUGCAAGAAAUUGAUCGCGAGCGGCAACAGAAAGGUGGCAAAGUGAGCAAUAUUCUUGAGGAUGGCGAUGGUGACCGCGACUCCGAUACGAGCCCGAGAAAGAUCAUCGAUCGUGCAUUUCUCGCGAAGCAAGAGCAAGAGGAAGAGGUUAAACGGGCCAAUCGUAUCAUCCUAGCUGCCAAGUGUCACAUCAUACGGGAUGCACAGAUUGCCGAAAAGCAGGAGAUCGAGCGUGAACUCCGCACCGAAGAGUUGCGGCUCGAGAAAAUGAUGUUGCAAGAAAAUGAAAAAGCCCUCAAGGAGGAGGAAAAGAAGCGGGAAGUGAACAAAGUGCUUACCACCCAGCAUUCGGAGGAGAUACGCAACCAGCUGCUGGAGCGGGAAAAGAUGCGCCUCAAGGAGGCGGAACGUAUCGAGGAGGAGGCACGUGUGUUGAAACAGGCCCAAAUGGCGAUAGCCGAGGAGGAAAAGCGGAAAGAGAAGGAGCGCCACGUGCGCAUCAACCAGGUACGGAACGGGUUGAAGAAAGCGUACGAACUGUCCGCCCACUACAAGCAGGUGGAGUUUGAAGAGCAGCGUAUUGCUGAGCUUAAAAUUCAGGAGUACAUGCGCCAACGGAUGGAGCGCCAGAAGAAACUUGAGUUUGAGCGCAAAAUUGCGGCCGAGGUACGGGAAAAGGAACACGACCGUAUGCUUAAGAUACAGCAAAAGCUGCUCGACACCAAGUCGGAGAAAAACGAUAUGGAUCUUCGCCGUGGCCAGGAACACAUCGAGCGCGAAUUUCGACGCCGCGAGAAGGAAGCCGCCAUUAAGAAGAAAGAGCUCGAGCAACAGUUAGCCGUAGCACGGGCCGCCCAACUAGAAGCUGUGAAAACCGAACGAGCUAUGCAGCUGGCCCGAGAUGAGCUCGAGCAUAAGAAGGCGAUUGAAAAGUUAAAAGUUGAGGAAGCCAAAGAGAUGGAGCAGAAGCGAAAGCAGUUGAAACUUCGCGAAAGAUAUCGCGAGGAGAUUAUCCAACAAAUGAACCUUAAAGAGCAGGAACGCCGGGAAAAGGAACGUAUUGCUAGAAACGAACAGCAAGCGGCACUUCAGGCGGAGAAGAAACGUGAUAAGUAUGUGGAAGAGAGAAGAAUACUCAAUCAAAUUAUUCUAUUUAAUCUCUCAAUUUUCUUUUUCAGAAACAUCAAAACUAUAAUUUCCAACAAAAUCAAAAUGAUGAAGGAAAGCCAAGUUCCAGAACGAUUCAUCAAAGAUGUAGAACGUCAAUUAAACCUUGGAAAAUGAACUAACUUACGAUGGGAAAGCGAAAGCUGAAUGACUGAUAGUGACUAAAUCGUGUGAAAUUCGUUAUUGACAUUGUAUGGGCUAUAUUCAAAUAAAUUCGUGUGUGACUCUUGCAACUACUGCUAAGAUCUAUGA